AUGUCAAAAGAAAUUAUCGAAUCCAUGGCCAUCUCAUUACAUGCUAAGUUGGAUAGAAAAAACAUAUUUCCGCCGCUAUACAAUGACCCCGAGUCAUACGUCCCUCCCGUCUCUUCAAAUGAUAACUAUCGACAAAAGAGGAUUCCCAAUGCCUUUCUUAUGUGUAGAAGAAACGUACAUAUGGAAGCGAAACAUAAGGGAUCUUUUGAUAUGCGUGUAAUUAGCAAAGUUACAGGCAUUUUUUGGAAUAAUGCGUCUUUUGAAGAAAAGACAGUUUAUAAAAAACUGUUCAAACGUGUGAAUGAAAUUUAUCAUGAGAGAAAAUAUUCGCAUUUGUUAAUUCCUACUCCUUCUACUCCUUCAAAAGAUUUGGAAGAAACUCCAAUGAUUUAUUCCUCCUUCUCUUCCCCUCCAACUAUUUCACCUCCACUUUCUAUUACGACUAAUAAUAUAAAUCCACAAAACUUUUUUCAUGAUUAUCAAACCAAUGAAUUGUUAUUAUACGAUUUAUAUGAUACCAUUUUUUUAAUCUAA